GAUCCAACAACGAGAUGGCCGCCACCGUGGAUUCCCGCAAGCGCUGCGUCGCCGCGUUCCUGGACGAGCCGUCCCUGGCGCCGCCCCACCUCGCCAACAAGCGCGGUCGCUUUGUGCCCUGCGCCGCCUCCAUGGCUCCUUUGCCGCCAUUCGACGCGCUCGACGCCUUCCGCCGGGUGUUCCCGGACGCAGACCCCCGCGGCCUGGAGGCCUGCUUCGCCGCCUCGGGCCACGACAUCAACGCCGCUGUGCACGCGUACCGCGCCCAGCAGGCCAGGGACGCACUGGCGCACCACCUCGCCGCUGCGGCAGCAGGCGGCGACGACGAGCGCUGCGCCGCCGUCCUCGUGGAGCAGAUGGGGGCGGCGACCGACAUGGACGACGCCAAGAACCGCGCCACGUGGAUGCUGGGACGAGUGAAUAGCAUAAAACCACCACUUUGA